AUGGAGUCAGAGGAGUUAAUGCCCAUUGCCAUAGUCGGCAUGUCAUGCCGUCUACCUGGUGAUGUAUCUUCGCCUGGCGACUUCUGGAAGCUGCUUACCAAGGGGCGCAGCGCGUGGUCUAAGAUACCUCGAGAUCGAUUCAACCAGGAGGCUUAUAAUCAUCCUAAUCCAGAGAAGAAGGGUACUAUCAACUCACAAGGGGGUUAUUUCUUAUCCCAGAACCUCGAGAUGUUCGACCCAGGCUUCUUUGAUAUGACGCGCAAGGAAGCUGAGACAAUGGAUCCCACACAGCGUCUCCUCCUCGAAUGUUCGUACGAGGCCCUCGAGAAUGCUGGCAUUCCUAAGGAGUCUAUCUCGGGUCGGAAAGUUGGUGUCUUCAUUGGUGGCCCCGACAAUGAACAUAGAAUGGGAAACCUCAGAGAUUUAGAUGAUUCGCCAAUGUUCGAUCCCACCGGUAGCCAAGGGGCAUUUCUUGCCGGGCGAAUAUCAUACUUCUUCAACUUAUGCGGGCCUACAUUUACCGUUGACACAGCUUGCUCAUCCAGUAUGCAUGCGCUACACAUGGCUGUUCAAAGCAUACGAUUGGGGGAGUCGGAACAAGCUAUAGUUGGGGCUUCUCAUCUGAUCACACAACCCGACGUCUGGGUAUCCAUGGCAAAAUUAAGACUAUUUGCGGACUCGGGGAAAACUUAUGCGUUUGACCAUCGCGCCAAGUCUGGAUACGCAAGAGGUGAAGGAGCAGGGUGCCUCAUCCUCAAGCCCCUACAUAAAGCUCUAGAGGAUAGAGACUAUGUAAGGGCCGUUAUCUCCCAUACGGGAAUCAGCCACAACGGUCGAACCGUCGGCAUUGUAGCACCCAGCUCGGAAGAGCAGGAAUCGUUACUACGUAAUGUUCUCUUACAAGCCAAAAUCGAUGCCAGGGACGUCGGGUUCUUCGAGGCUCAUGGAACAGGUACCAAGGUCGGUGACCCUAUUGAAGCCAGAGGUAUUUAUAAAGCACUUGGUCAAAGGCUAGAUAGUAGUGAACCAUUAACUAUCGGAUCGGUUAAAUCCAAUAUUGGUCAUCUCGAAAAUGCUAGUGGUGUUAUAUCGGUCAUGAAGGCCGCGCUCAUGCUAGAAAAGGGUUUCAUCGUACCAAACGCCGACUUUGAGAAGGAAAACCCAGCAAUCCCAUUAUCAGAAUGGAACUUGAAACUUCCACAAAGACAGCAGCCAUUCCCUCGAAAUAAGAAGUAUAUCUGUGUCAACAACUUCGGUUAUAGCGGGUCGAACGGACAUGCAGUUCUUAAAGCCUUACCGGCAGAAAGCGAAAUCGAAUUCCUGGAUCCCGAGAAAUUUGAAGGUCAUAUUAAGAUGAAGCGUUUAUUCAUAUUGAGCGCCAAUGAUGAGGCGGCCGCGAGAAAAAGUAUGGAACAGCUGGGAAUUUUCCUCGAGCAACAUGCCGAGCUUUAUCAAAGCACCAUGCCUCGUAAUUUGGCAUACACAUUAUGCCAGAGGCGUUCACAACUCCCAUGGCGCAUAGCUUUAGUAGCCGAUAUGUGCAGCAAAUUAGCAAUAGCUCUCAAUAGCCCUGAAGUAAUACCAAAGCGCGCGCCUACCAAGUCGCCAAAACUAGCCUUCAUAUUUACGGGGCAAGGGGCGCAAUGGUUUGCUAUGGGUAGAGAGCUACUGGAGUCUCAUUCUGUGUUCGCGUCCGCUAUCCAACGAGCAGACGAGCAUCUUCUGUCUAUUGGUGCUGAUUUCUCGCUGAUGGAGGAGCUGACCCAAAAUGAAGAUAAUUCUUGUGUAGGUAUGGCUCAUAUCAGUCAACCGAUUUGCAGUGCUAUCCAGAUCGGAUUGGUAGACCUCCUGGCAUCAUGGGGGAUUAAGCCGUCUGCAGUUACGGGUCAUUCAAGCGGAGAGAUUGGUGCGGCGUAUGCAGCUGGGGCUCUAACACUUGAGGCGGCAAUGUCGGCAGCGUAUUAUCGUGGUCAAGCUAUCAUUGCUCUAAAGGAAAACUUUCCAGAUGUGAAAGGCUCAAUGAUGGCGGUGGGUAUGGGCGCAAACGAGCUACAGCCCCUUUUUAAACAGCUACGGCAUCCGCUUCAGGCGGUGGCAGCUUGCGAAAAUUCUCCCAUCUCGACAACCGUCUCAGGCGACGCCGAGGCUAUCGAUCAACUUUCUAAUAUUAUGACAGAAAAGCAAAUCUUCAAUCGCAAGCUCUUCAUUGAUGUUGCUUACCACAGUCCGCAUAUGAAAUUGAUAGCCGAGAUAUACCACAAUAUGAUCGCAGACGUUGAGCUGAGUAAAACGAAUAGAGACGUAGAGUUCUUCUCUUCUCUCCGUUCGCGCAAGGUUAACAUGGACGAGCUUGGUCCGCAUAUACUCUGCGAGGAGAGCGAGCCGGACGUUCUCAUCGAGAUUGGUCCGCAUGCAGCGCUGAAAGGUCCGAUUUUGCAGACUUUAAAGACGAUGCAGCUGCCGGCUUCUAAGACCCCACCGUAUAUCCCGACUCUUAUACGAGGUCGUGAUGCUACUGAGACUACCCUAGAGCUCGCUGGCCAGCUUUUCGUGCGCGGUUAUGAAGGUAUCGAUUUCUUCAAUAUCAACCAUAACCGCUCCGAGAUCGAGAAGCCUGAUAUUAUCUCCUUCCUCUAUACAUAUCCGUGGUCACACCAGCGCUGCUGGAGAACCGUCCUUGCAGAUAGUCCUGAGGCUGAGGUUGAAUUCGCGGAGCAAGGCGGAGACUUAGUCGUGCCGCGUUUUAUUGUCGAUGACGAUAUGAACUUACGAGUUCACCGCGAGCUGGGAAAUUCCGAGCCGUAUUUACAAGAAUUUCGUCAACCUGGACGCUGGUUACGAGUAGCUACACACACCGAGGGUUCCUUCGAUAGCCUACACUUUGAAGACGCCCUAAGUAGCGAGGUGUUGGAUGACGAUCAAGUCGAAGUUGAAGUUAAAGCCAGCGGGCUUAGCCAGGAUGAUGUUAUCGUGCACACUGAUAUAAAUGGGUCUGCAAGGCCUGCAAGAUCAUGUAGCGGCGUUGUCGUUCGUGUUGGGCGCGAUGUUAUCGACAUCAGUAUUGGAGACCUGGUCUGCGUCCUAAGUAAUGGCCGGAUGGGAACGCACGUCUGCGUAGCAGCAAGUAGUGUCGUUAGGAUUCCUCAGGGCAUGAGUUUUGAGGACGCGGCAAUAAUCCCAUCUGCCUUCGGUGCGGCAUUUUACGGACUCUCCCAAGUCGCACGCGUUCGAAAAUCAGACCGGGUUCUUAUCCAAAUAAGCGGCUCCGAGGGGCUUGCUGCAAUACAAGUUGCGCAUUACCUUGGUGCUGACGUGUUUGUUGCGGUCCAUGGUAGUGAACGAAGAGAUUUUAUUGCAAAGUCCUUUGGCAUCAGACUGGAGAAAAUUUUCGAUACAGCCAGCCUCUAUUUCGAUCGUGAAAUACGAAAUGCUUCCAGUGGGAUUGGUAUGGAUGUCGUCUUCACUAGUUCGUCCAGUUUCCCAGCGGUGACUCAAAAUCUGAGCAGGAUAUGGGAAAAUUCUGCACAGUUUGGACGUAUUAUCCAUAUACAGGGGACACUUCAUACUCGUGUUGGCAAUUGGAAUACCAGAGCCGACCUUGCUGAGAAUGUGAGCUUCACGUCAAUCAAUCUAGUGGAACUAACAGUUACACGUCCGCGUCUCAUGAGAGACAUCCUUAGAGACGUGCUAGAAUGCUUUUCCAGAGGUAUCUUUAAGCCACUAAAGAAAAUGGUUACGUUGCGAAUCACAGAGUUGGGUCGGGGCUUGCGAAUGAUUCAACAAGGCACCUUACAUCCUAUUAUCAUUUCUGUUCAGAAUAAUGAGAAGGUAAUGGCAAUGCACUAUGCUUCAAGGCGUUUCUUGAAUCCCGAUGGGACUCACGUCAUAGUUGGCGGUACUGGUGGUUUAGGGCGAAGUACGGCUAGAUGGAUGGUAGAACACGGUGCUCGAAACAUCCUAUUGCUAUCGAGGAGCGGAGGGAAUGUUGGUGAGCUGCGACAACUUAUUGAUGAUACUCAAGACAAGGCUAGUAUCGUCGUGAAGACAUGUGACAUUGCUAGCGAGGACAAUGUCUACCAGAUUGUAAAGGAAUGCACUGAGACACUCCCGCCAAUAUGCGGUGUGAUCCAUGCUGCCAUGAUGCUCCACGACGGGUUGAUCGAAGACAUGACCCACGACUCGUACGUGUCGGCGAUUCGUGCCAAAGUUAAGGGGACUUGGAAUAUCCACAACGCACUCGAGUCUACUAACACACGUUUGGACUAUUUCGUCCUCUUGUCAAGUGCUGCAGGCAUUGUCGGUAGUCGUGGUCAAGCUGCAUAUGCUGCUGCAAACACAUUUCUGGAUGGGUUUGCCUCAUGCAGGGUAGCACAAGGUCUGCCAGGAGUAUCCCUUGACCUUACAGCUGUAACCGACGCUGGCUACAUUUCCGAAAACUCAGCGCGAGAGGAAGAGAUUAUCAAGAACUUUGGUGGACAGUCCAUUUCCGAAGCUGAAGUAUUAGGGCUUCUGGCGGUCGCUACGUCCGGUAAAUGCGGCACGCAGUGCCUGACAGGCUUGAAGCUUGUUCCAAGUAAUACAAAUGCUUUACCUUACUAUGCAGAAGACCCACGAUUCGCACACCUUAAAGCGGCAGCAGUAGCGGAGAUACGAGCUGCGGGUAGCGAUUCUAGACAGGUCGUCUCGUACAGGAACGCAUUCCGCGCUGCAGCCAACAAUGAGGAGGCCCGCCAAAUUGCCGUACAGGGGGUGCUGCAGAAAUUAUCGGAGGUACUGUCCGUGGCACACGACGAUGUGGAUGCUCUGCGGAGUAUGGCAUCGUAUGGUCUAGAUUCUCUGACUGCUAUUGAAGUGCGCAAUUGGAUUACCAGGGAACUUGGCGCAACCUUGGAAAUUCUAGAGUUGCUGACGAGUGCAAACGUGACGGAUUUAGCGAACCUGAUUGUUUCGCGGACUAGAACAUAA